AAUGAUAUCUUGUAUCCCCAGCAGUUGGUGAACUUUGCACAUUUUCUUGCAUUCUCAGCAACUGGAUUUCUUUCUGAUUUACUUUAUUACUGGACAAUGUUUUUCAAGAGGCUGAGAGUAAGACUGUCCAGGCAAAUCCACUUUCUGUACUGUGGCUUCAAAGCGGUUGUCUGAAAUACUGUUCUCAUGUGUAUCCCUGUGUCUGGCUUUAUUGGUCUGUUUCCCAAAACUGGAUAAUCUAGAGUGCCUUUCAUCUUAAUAUGUGAAUCCUACAGGAAGAUGUCAGUCAGACAGCAGAUGCAGUUCUUUUGAUGACAUGUUAAUUUUAGUUUAGACUGGGGCUUGUUGAUUGAUUUGCUUCAUGAAGCUUGGCUCAACCUGGUCAGAUGAUAACACUGGUCAGUAUUACUUUGGUCAGUGUUAACCGUUUUUAAACCCAUUUUAGUCCAGGAAAGAUCCCAGGUUUAAAAAUCCAAGGAUGGAGUCAGAGAUUCCUCGUCCAUUUCACCACCAUAAAUGAAGAAGGAGGGCUGGCUGUUUGCUCUGCUCCUGUUCUCUUACAGUGGUGUCAGUGCACAGGCCAGUGUGGAGCUGCUUUUAAUGGCUCUCUCUGUAAACAGCAACUGAGCAACCACUGUUCCCAAAUUAAGCUGAGAGUUCGUGUUACAGGCUUCUCAAUGUCCUGGGCUAUUCGUAGACUGUGAAAUAUCAGUGUUAAAUUAGCAGAGCAACAAAAUGAGUCUCGUGCUGUAUUCCUUUUUUAGUUGAAGCCUGUCCUGGUCUUUGCUGUGACUUGGUUUGUGGCUGAGCUGAGACAUUCAUCCACACAAUGUGAUGAUUGGUGUCACCAGUCUGAUUUCUGGUUGGCUCUGUUCUAGCUCAGGAAAGCUCCACACCCUAACCUCAGCCAUGCUGAAUGAAGAAGUGGUUAGAGAUUGGAUUGCAUCGUGCUGACUGAGUAACACUGAGGUAUAGCCCUGGAUUGUGAACCAGUCCUGUCACUCCCUCCCUCCCUCCCUGACGACAUUCACUCACCCUCUGGAUUCUUACUCACUCCCUGGCCCCGUGCCAGGAAUUCACUGCAGCCCGUGGCAGUGAGCAAGCAACUGUUCAGAUUUCCUCUCUAAUUUCUUCCACGCUCUCCCGCCCCUCUCCCUGUCGCCUCCAUUCAUUCACUUUGCUGUUGCUGCUGCCUUCAAACAGCAGAUCACCUACACAGCGAUACCUGUGAGUGCAGCCUCUUCCCAUCUGACUGAUCAUUCCUGAGGGGCAGGAGAGUGUACAGGGCUGCUGUCUCUCUCUCUCACUCACUCACUUUCUCUCUCUCUCUGUCUGAGUGGAGCUGCCUUACAGUCCGUUCCUCUGCCAGAUCUCUGAAAUAGUCAGCCAGGAGACUCACUUUAACCAUGGUGGCUGGUAUUUUAAUGUCACUGCGUGAGCUCAGGAACAUUUAUGAGCUGUUGUUCCGUGAUGGUGUCAUAGUGGCAAAGGAUGACCGCCGACCACAGAGUCAGCACCCUGAGGUGCAGGGAGUCACCAACCUCCAAGUGAUACAAGCUCUUCGCUCCCUGAAAUCCCGUGGUUACGUGCGAGAAAGCUACGUGUGGAGACACCACUACUGGUACCUGACUGACGAGGGAAUCCACUUCCUCCGACAGUACCUCCACUUACCCACCGAUAUUGUCCCAGGGUCACUGCGGAGAGUGUCGAAGACAACAGCAAGGGGCCGUGCUCCUGUGGCCCAGUCUGGUCCUAUCCCCAGGCCCGAGGGGCACACCGACAGGCAGCAAUAUCGACGAAUCCAGAAGCUGAGUGUCGACAAGUUAACUGGGGUUGAGCUUGGAUCAAAACCAACCCCCAAACCAGGUUAGCGAAAGCCCCCUCUCUCCUUCUCUCUCUCUCUCUCUCUCUUGCUAUCCUUUUCCCAACAUUCUCUCCAACACUCUGAUUCCAUGAUCCAUGUGACUCACAACCGGCUCAGCUUUCUGACACCUCCCACAACUUCCUUUAACCAGCCCAUCCCAUAUCCAACCUCCGACAGUGCGGCACUCCCUCAGCAC